GUUCCAUAAUAUUUUCUCAACCCGCAUUUUGCUGCCACCACAAUCCGAUCCGCUACACCAAAAAAAAACCGAGAAAUCAGACAACCGCAACACCAACGCUAGUGGUUCUUACUUUUUGGUCUCUUUUUUUUUUUUUUUUUUCUAUUCCUCCCUCCUCCAACUCUCUCUCCUGCAAAAAAGUCUUUGACCGCUCUGCUGUUCACUUGCUUCGGCUCUCUCUCGCGAAUUGGAGCGCGAGGAGAGAGAUUCUGGCCUACUUUUGUCCUGAGUGAAUCAUAAGACAACCCCGAGGUAUCCACCCCUCGCUGUCCAACUUCGGCGAUGGCCUCCUCAAAGGAAAUGCAAACUUCGAGGCCAUUGACGCACCGCCCUCCGAUCCCAACCACACAAAGUUCAGCUUCGUUGAUCACUCGACAAACCCAUACGAGAACGAAUUCCUACUCGACUUUGAGCGCCUCCCUCAAUGCUAGCCAUCGUGUCACUCGUCGAAAGAGCAUGACGAGCUCUGCUGCCAGUGCUGCAGUUGUUGCGGCGGCGCUCAGCGGAGCGGCUGAGUUGGUGGGGGAGAAAACAUCCGUAGGACCAGUUGCCAUCGGCGGGCGCCGUAACACCCUGACCAAGUCCGGCAUCUCCCGCGCCAUGCUGGCCGCAAGCCUCCCUAUCGAACAGGCUGGCAGCCUUUCAGUCCCGUCCAAGGAGGCCGAAGUUCAGAGCAAGGAUGGUAACCUAGACACGUUGGAGAGUGCCAUUGACGACGACCCGCUCGAGACCCUUGCCGACGACCCGGAAACACCGUCCCAGGACGGCAGGAUGCGUCGUGCUAGUGAUGGCCAGCCCUUGGUAAAAGAGGGAGGCAGCAGGAAAAUAAACCGAGUUGAGCUCCGUUGCGACAAGUGCGGCAAAGGAUACAAGCAUAGCAGUUGCCUAACCAAGCAUUUGUGGGAGCACACUCCUGAAUGGUCAUAUACCUCCAAGCUUCUGAUAUCGAAGCACCAGCAGGUCCAGCUUCUUGAAGCGGCCUCUGUGCUCGUAACCAUGAACAACUUGCCAGAGAUGACGACUCCACCAGAGCCAGCGAACGAGUACGCUAGCGAUCGGGAUUCUGCAUCCCCAGCAGCUUCGGGCUACUCUGAACUGAUGGAUGGGCGCAGCUCGGCCGACACGACACCGCCGCCUCAGUUGGACGGGUCGUAUAAUAUAAUAUCAAAACGCUACAGCAAUGGUAGUGGCUUUGGUCGUUCAUACCAGUCGGCCGUGUCCGUGGCAUCUCUGGCGAGCAGCGCCCCUAAUGGACACGGGUUCGGUCAUGGGGGCCACUUCCGCCAGCUCAGCCAAGAGCACCGUCCACUAUCUUCGGGCAAAAAUGCCACUGGUCAGGAGGAUCAGGAUCUCGCUGCUGCCGUUGAACUUCUUAGCUGCAGCUUCAACAGCAACAACGGCCAUCGUUCUGUGCACCUCCCCCCGGACGCCCCUCCAGUCCCACCGCUUCCAGCACAGUACCUCGAUCAGGCAGCCGGAGCAGGGUUCAUCAACAGCUUUCCAAGGCACGCUCCUGAAAGUUUCCUUCGAGGGUCUCGACUCGAAAGCGAGAUGCGGCACCGUGGCGAUGUCAGCAUGGAAGAGAGCGCUGAUAGUACGAUGGACGACGAUGACGAUGACUCGAGAUACCGGGCUCGAAGCGACGAUGACGAUGAUGGCGUGUUCGGUCGCAUGGAAGUGGAAUAGCGAGACUGGUCGAUCGAUUUCUGCCUGAGUUCUUCGCACGCGGAGUUCGGUAGUAAUAGGCUAGGGAGAAUCGCUCUCGUUUGUAAAACCUAUAUUGAGCCUGGUUUCCAGGUGGCUCGCCUUGACCCGAUAUUCUUGGCACCGAAGAGUGGACAGCCGGCUCCCUUCUGAAGUAUAGCAUGGGGAGCGACAUGUUUCCAUGAGGUUAAAGCAGGAGUCAACAGAGCGUCAACGAGCACCUAAUCGGUACAGGGCAUACGCCCGUUUCAGGAUUGAACCUAGAAAGAAAAAGAAGAAAAAAAACCAAACAAAAUAAGAAACCAGCGUCUACGCUAUGAGAACCUACACUUGCAGAUGGUCUAUAUGCUGUGAAAUGGAGAAAUUCCAAACCACUUGAUGAAAUCCACUGACAAUCCGGGAGACCC